AACACGAGUCACUUCCCGGUGGCCCAGUGACUUGCCUGUCCACAUACCAAAAGGUGCGUCAACCACAUCUUGGGGUUAAAAAUUCCUGACCGCAAGCCAACAAUCGAGCGUCUAUCCUACCAAUCCUACAUCAAAUCCACGAGAAAAUGGCAACGGCUUGCAUUUACUGGGCCUCAUUCCGUUUGACCUGGUUUAGCACUUGCUAGCCAAGGACUUCGCCGAACGGGCCGCCACACAUCUUUUAACGCUGGUGUUUCAAAAGCUGGUGUGUGCCCAAGUUUAAGUUGAGCGUCUGAAAGCAACCAAUCACAAAAUCGGCAACAUCCCGGUCCAGUUUGAGGUGCGUCUCGGCGGCUCCAUUGGCUGUAUCAAGUCGUCGCCCCAGCAUCAUCUUUAUGCUUCAUCUUCGUUCCAGCCUCUCGUGUUUCUGUUACAAGCCAGAAAUAGCAUCAAUACCAUGUUCAUCAAACCUGCUGGCAGGGGAUGGCCGCCGAUCGGGCUGUUUCCCGGCGGUGGACCAAUUCUUACGAGUUUGUUCUUUUUUUCUCUCACGCUUCUCAGUCGAAGCCUGAAGGGUCAGAAUUGUGUUAAUCAUGAAUUUUCGAUACUAAUACAAACCUACGGGGCUUAUAAUGCAUCAUUCCGAAAAAUUGGCCGGUGGUUGACCAAGAAUACGCUCAAAAACUACACCCGUUUGUACCAGUAUAAUCGACCCGCCUUUCAGUUGAUAUACCACUGCCGCAACCCGAAUGAAUGUUCUAUUCAGCUGAGAACCAAAUUUGUUUGGCUAGGUCUCUUCCCUGCUACCUCGAAGACAGGAUUCUGUAUUAGCACUGGCGGAUCUGGCUUGCAUUAUCUCAACCGUAGAACAGACUAAUGACCUGAAACAGCCCAAGCCCCAAGCAGCGAUCAUAUAUUCACGAUACGCUGUCCUGAUAUCAGCUUCACUGCGA